AUGAAGGCUUCCUUGAUCUUACCCGUUUUCGCUUUCACCGUUCGAGUCCUCGCAGAUGUACCUCCUGCCUGUCUGCUCAAUGCUGUCAAUACACAAGAUGAACCUGGCGAUCUUUCAGCUAUCUGUGGUGACGAUGCCAUUGAUGUCCAAGAGGCUAUUGCCAGCAUGUGCGGUGACAAUCAAUCGGUAGCACAAUCGGCAUUCCUUUCGACCUGUUCUGCCGCAGGGUCCUCCGUCGCCCCUUACACAGCAACCUCCACCUCCGAGAGCCAAACCACCGGCGCCAGCUCCGGAACGUUCGUCUACACAACUGCUGUUUACAACUCCGACUGCGAUUGUACUACCACGAUCGUCACGUCAGCAUCGAGUGGCGCGGCUGCUUCAACGGGUAUUGUCACGGCAACAAGCGGUGGAUCGGCUUCCGCUACCAACACCGCUGGCGGUAGUUCAGCAACCGACAAUGCCGCCGUAGAUGCCAAGCAAGUGGGAAGCUUUGCAGCGGCUGUCAUUGCCAUUGCUGGCGUUGUUGCUGUGCUGUAA